AUGUCAUCGCCAAGCGCCCAGAACAACUCCGACCUCGGAACGGCGCGCGAAGCUGCGUCUACCAGUUUCGAGCUGGAGAGCGGUCAACAAGCACCUCCUUCAGAUGCUCCAAGUCUACGAAACACCAGGUCGGCAGACAUUGAGAAGAGCAUUUCAUCUUGGAUAUGCGUUCUGGGAGCGUUUAUAUUCCUGCUACCAUCAUAUGGAUUUCCCCAGGCUAUCGGCACAGUCCAAGCCUAUCUCCAAGAACACCAGCUCUCAGAAUACUCGGCUCGCGACAUCGGCUGGGUGACGGGCCUCUACACCGCCCUGACACUUUUUCUCGGAAUCCAAGCAGGGCCCAUAGUUGACCGUUAUGGGACCGAAGUGCUCGCACCCCUUUCUACAGCUCUUACAUUUCCAACCUUCUUCCUCCUGGCCGAAUGCAAGUAUUACUGGCAGUUCAUGCUCUGCCUCGGCAUCUACGGCGGCAUCGGCGGCGCGUUAGCAUCGACGGUCGCCGUGUCGGUCGUAGGCAAGAUAUUCACGAGACUGCGCGGACUCGCCAUAGGUCUAGCGCUCACCGGCUCUGCGCUCGGUGGCGUGGUCUUCCCAUUUCUUCUGCGAGAGCUAUUUCCCAAAUGGGGCUGGGCCUGGUCGAUGCGGUUCGUGGGCUUCACCAUCGCAGGCGUCAUGAUUCCAGGGACGCUAUGCUUCAUCCCCUUUGCAAAGCUCUUACGAACCCACCAUCCCACGCAACUCGUUGUCCCCUCACAACCGUCUACGGAGUCUGCUGCCUCCGCACCAAGACACCGCGCCGCAAGCGCGACCAUUAACUUCGCCGCCUUUCGCGUCCCCGCUUUUUCACUCAUCGCGGCGGCCUUCUUCCUCCUCGAGUUCGUCAUCUUCGGCAUCUCAGGCAUCUUUCCCACACUGGCAAACUGGGCCGGGUAUCCCGCGGACACAGGGUACAACAUUGUAGCCAUUGUCAACGGCUGUGGCUGUAUCAGCAGAAUCGGGGCCGGAUUCCUGGGCGACAAGCUCGGGCACUACAACGUUCUGUUCACCAGCACAUGCCUCACCAUCGUGUGUGUUGCAGUCACGAUACUCCCAUUUGGCACCACGCAUAUCCAGGCCCUCUACGUGUUUGCGGUUCUGUGGGGCUUCAGCUCGGGGGUGUUCUCGUCCCUGAUUCCCGCAUGCAUGGGCAAGACGUGCCAGACCAAGGACUACGGUCGAUGUUUUAGGAGUAUGAAUUUCACUGUCAGCUUUGCUCUCUUGAUUACAGUUCCAAUCGGAGGUCAGAUCUUGGAAAGCAUCGGCGGCAUGGCACUCGCUGGCUUAUACGUCGGAGUUCUCUGCAUGGCGGGCGGUUGCAUCCUUGCUUCUAGAUCUUUAUUGGUCCAGUCAUGGUUUGACUAUAGGGUGAGAAUUUGA